AUGCCCUGCGAGCAGAGCAUCCCAUUCCUGGCCACCAGCCCGGGCAAGGAUCGGGUAGUCCUUGUCUAUAGCGACAAGAUCGAAGUGCGGACCAAGAAGCACCAGCGCGGGGCGACGCCGGAGUCGGCGGCGCACGAAGAGGAGCUGAACGACAUCCAGAUCCGCAUGCAGCCCAACCGGUCGCCGCCGAGCGAGCCGACGCCGGACCGCCUGUCGUCGCGCGCCAGCCUCAACCAGGGCGGCUGCGCUGCCGGAGCGGCCGCCUCCCUCGUGUCGGCCAGCAAGCCCAACUCGACCACCUCGUCGACGAUGACGGCUUCGGUGGUGGUGAACCUGCCAGCCUCAUACCCGGGCUCGGAAGUGGGAGGCACCGCCUCGCCCAGUGCCUCCCCCGCCACGUCCCCCACCAGCCAGCAGCCGGAAGUCCGCAUCUCCAGCCUGUGAGCGUCUCACUCACUGACGGCCUAGAGUUCGACAACACCAAAUAUCGCUUCAUAAUUUCUGUCUUACUUCGUGCGUAACAAAUGGAUAUAGGAAACGUAGUCGUAUUAGGUCUGUCAGACUGGAACACCAAUAUUUUACGCGAACUUCUGAUUCCAGUUUGUCAGAGCUUAGGAAAUCGUACUGACACUACUUUCAUUCGUUGUCGAGAAAAGUGGACGGCAGUCUGCAGAAGUUCUUUUCCGAUCUGAAUGGUAGGUCCAGUGAGGCAAUUUAAACGUAAGAGCAGCAGUUAUAUUUAAAGACGUUAUCUUUCAAGUCUUUUUUUCCCGCAUUUAUUAGACAGUUUCAUUCACAAUAAAGUUAUUGAGUGAACUCUGGAUAAAGUUGAUGUUUGUUAUUAUUCAAUUAUAUUUAAGUAGCUGGUAUCUGCCAGAAAAACAUUUAUAGAAUUAAUUUUUAAGUGACGAGAGUGGAAGGUAUGUAUUUUCUGCAGGGCUGUGUCUUUCUAGGGACACAGCGAUCUUUCAGAGAUAUUCCAGGAUCAGAUAAAUGUGUGCACCUCGGUUUUGUAGUUCUGAAUAAUUGGUACUAUGGUAAUGAAACGUGUUGUUUGUUGUUGCAGGGGUUCCACUUCUUAAUAUGACCUGGUUCUCAAUGAAAAUCCCUAAAACUCGAUAUAAACUCCUAACCAGCUAAAACAUUUGUAUAGACUGCCUUUAUCCACAGUUUACAUUAUUAGAUGAUGGAAUAUUUCGCAGAUCCAAUAUGCACUUACAUUUAACAGUAGUGUUCACAUGACCAGUGCAAAAGCUAGGUUAUUAUUGAAAGUUAAAAAGCCAAUGAGCAGUUCCUCUGAGUUCAGUAUUUACAAGGAAAGCCAUAUAAAACACAACCAUAUUUGCAUUUUUAGGUCUUAAAGAAAUACCAAGUGUUCAUAGAGCUUCCACUAUGGAUAGAACUGUCAUUGUGCCAGCAAAUAAAGUAGCGAAAAAACAGUAAGUAAUAACAGACUGACUGUAUUCAUUAUUUUGAAAACAAAAAUUUGGACAUAUUAAGAGAUCACAUUGACACUUUUAGAAUUGUGAACUCUCCAUAUGAAUAAACAGAGAAUACUGUGAAAUAAUAUAUAAAGUGAAUGUUAUUUCAUAAACAUAUUCUAAAUUGUUACCUUCAUAUACACUUAUAUUACCUACUUUCCAACAACUUUUAAAAUUGGGCUUUCAAUAUCUAUUAGUUUUUGACUGUUGUACUGAGUGAAUGUUACAGAAAACUCUUAGGGAAUGUGUGGUUUCUCUACGUCUCAAAAUGAAUGAGAGUGCUGUGAAUACUCAGAAAAUCUAAAAUAAUAUUUGAUACAAAAUGGAUGAGUUUAUAACACAGACAUUAUAAGAAAGCAAAUAAUAGUAUGUUGAUUCAAUGUUGAUAACGCAGAAUUACUUGGGAGUAAAUACUGCAAUCAGAUCAAAGGCAAUUCAUUCUUGGUUGUCAAAAAACCAGCAUGCAGAUAUCCUUGCAGAAAUGCAUUGCACAAAAUCCAAAUUUCAAUGUUUAAAACAAAAGUUCCAUAACAUUUGUUUUCAUUUAAGUUCAUUUAUUUUAUGUUGUUACAGGAAAUUGAAAUGUAUGUACAAAAGAAAAGAAAAUACAACACUAAUUCCUAUACUCUUAUUAUCUGGAAGACCAAAAGCACUUACUAAGAAAAGGAAGUCUCUCUCUCUCUCUCUCUCUCUCUCUCUCUCUCUCUCUCUCUCUCACACACUCACACACACACACACACACACACACACACACACACACACACACACACACACACAUAAACAAACCAACAAACACAAACACACACACAAAA